AUGUCGGAUCGUUUUGAUAGCUUCCCCUUCAUCAGCUUGCUGAGUGGCUGGGGAGUCGUGAGCAUGCUACGCAGCUUGGUAUCCGGCAUCUCAACCGCAACAGUCGUCGGCGUCUCAAGCGGUAUGGUAGGCAGCAUGAUCUGGGGAACAGCUAGUCUCCCCUUCCUCAUCGGCUCAUCUCUCGGUUUCGCGUUCGGUAGCUACCGAUGGUACGAAGUCGCGACCAGAGAAGCCAUGGUUCAACUGGAGCUGUACCCAGCGCUGCUGCAGAUGCACAUCACCUCCAACUUUCCCUGGGUGGCGGGCCUGCAUAGUCAAAAGCGGGACUGGUAUAGGGCUGAGACGUUUCGCAGGUCGUGGGUUAUGAAGAGCAUGUUGGUUGUUGGUUGGCUUUCGGCUGAGUCGUCAUUGCGUGAGAUUCGUGAACGGAGGGAGGCCAAAUUAGUUGAGGAGUACAUCGCUGCUGAAGAAGAGUCAGAGUGA